GGGAGAGUAGGUGAGAGACAGGGUGCUGGGGAUGGGGGGGAAGAGAUUAGAAAAGAAGAUCCACUUAUUCCAUUAGACUGGAGGUGACUUACUAGGGCCGCUAUUUGGUGCUGAUUUACAGGAUGGAGCAGGAAUUGGCUGAUGGAUCUGUGGGACGGGCAUGGACUCAGCAAGAAACACAAGCAAUGCUGGAUCUGAUCCAAGACACGGGUUUGGGACCAGCAUUGACCCGCAAAGGAUUCCAGAACUGGGACGUGUUUGAGAGACUCCAGGUGCUUCUGGGUCACUGCAGGGUGAGAGCCAGCUCAGCAGAGAUUAAGGCUCAGUGGCAAGCAUUGAAAGUGAAGUUCUGGCGCCUCAAACGCUUCGUUGGCCUAGCACCCCUGGUCGCCAUCACUGCUGACUUCCCCUUUUAUCAGCAGAUGGAGCAGCUCUUGGAACCUCACAAGAGAAUGGAGAUCUGCAGUCGAGAGGCUGAUAGCACCGUUCAGGAAAGUGGGAGACCAACUUCCUCAUUGUCCGACACCCUGUCUGAUGAGGACAUGACAGAUGAAGCUUCCAUUCCAGAAAUGCAUCAUGAGCAAGAGCCUGCCAUGCACAAUGGAGGAAACCUGGCACCGGAGAAUGCACCAGAGAAUGCACCAGAGAAUCUACAAGAAGCUCAGCAAGAGGGAGCCGCAGGCAGGAAUGCACGUGUAGCAGCUCAGGACUUGGAGCCCAUACGGCUACUGCACAGUACAAUGGCACAGUUAGUGGAAGGGAUGCAACAGCUGGUUCAGACCCUAAAUCGUGUGUGUGGGGUACAGGAGCAGAUCUCCAUACAACUGGCAUAUUUCUGCUCCCUGCUGCCAACAUUUCCCAUGCAAAGCCAGGAGUGCAAUGGCCGCCCUCAUAGCCAGGAGUGCAAUGGCCGCCCUCAUAGCCAGGAGUGCAAUGGCCGCCCUCAUAGCCAGGAGUGCAAUGGCCGCCCUCAUAGCCAAGAUGAGGGGAAGCUUCAGAAAAGGAAAUCUCUGGUUCAGAGGCCACGGAUCUCCAGGGUGCUGCGCAGGAGUCUGAGGAUCAAGAAAUUUGCCGCCCGAUACUCCACCUGAGUUACCAGCAAGCCAGGUUGGGGAUUGUAGGGUUCAUAGGAAUGGGGGGGGGAUUGGGGGUGUUUAGUUAAGAAAUAAAAACAGUUGUUUCCUUAUUAGUAAAAAGCUGAAUGGGCAGCAGCCCCUCCAGACAGGUGUAGAGACAAUGGGAACAUUUCAUACUUUUUGUUUUUUGUAUGUAUGAUUGUUAUGUUUUGGGUUCCCCCAAAAAAGGGGACAUAGAAAGGGGCAGCACCAGGUUGGCUUGUCCUGCAACCAUUAUUAACCCUCUGUCUGCUGGUCAGUGCUGGAGGUUGGCCUGAGCUCUGUAUUAUGUUAAGAUUGUCUAGAAGUGUCUCCAGCCUGACACUCUCUGAGCACUUGCUUCUAAAUACGUUUUCUAUAGAAACAGCUUGAUUUGCCUUCUGUUCAAUAAACGUUUAUUCU